AUGUUUAGAUCAGUCGGAAUUAACAGAAUGAGAUAUGUCAUGAACUCUAGUAUGACAAGAUCGUUGUCUUCUACUGCAAGGACACAAGCUCAAGGCCGUAUUGGUCCUUCUUGGACUAUUGCUGAAAUAAAAAGAUUAACACCUACACUUAUUGGCUGGGCGUCAUUUCUAACAGUUACUUUAGGCUGGCCAUUUGGUAUUUACUUCUGGAAAAAGCCAAACUAA